AUGAGGGAGGAAGUCACCUGCCCCAUCUGCCUGGAGCUGAUGGCUAAGCCAGUGUUCAUAGGCUGUGGACACAUCUACUGCCAUUCUUGCAUAUUAGAAAAUCUUGAGAAACAGCAACAGAAGUCACCUUCCCAGGGAAAAUUCCUGUGUCCGGUAUGUAGAGUAAAGUUUCAAAGGGAGAGCAUCUGGCCCUUUAAGCAGCUAGAAAAUAUCAUUAACAACAUUAAGAAGUUGGAGCAGGAACUUCAGUGUGAAAAACACAGAGAGAAACUCUGGCUUUACUGUUAUGAUGAUGUUCAGCUUAUCUGCUGGCGCUGUGAGCGGUCACCACAGCACAAUGGGCACACCACGGUCCCUGCUGAAGAUGCCUCCAAAUGUUACAAAGAUGAUUUUCAGCAGGAAGAAGAGCGCAUCAAGCUUAGUUUUAAGCUUUACCACAUGAUUCUACACAUGCAGGAGAAAUCUUACCUAUGGAGACUAGAGAAUAAAAAAGAGCAAGUUCUGAAGAGACUGCAGGACAGUGAAGCCCAGUUGGAGAAGCAAAGCCAAGAACUCAACAAACUCAUGCUUGAACUGGAGAGGAAAUGUCAGGGCUCAGUCCAGGAGAUACUGAAGGAUGCGAAAGACACUUUGGACAGGAUUUCUUCUAUGCAGUUAAAUGCACCAGAGGACGUCUCUUUGGAAAUUCACACUAUGCUUGAUGAUGAUAGAAUUGUUCGUGAAUUGAUAAAAUUGUUUGAGACUGAUUAUGCUAAUGUUACUCUAGAUCCAGAUACAGCUCACAGUGACCUACUUGUGGAGAUGAAUAAAAUCAUGGUGACUGGUGGAAGGCCCCAAGUGAAGCCUGACACUCCUGCUAGGUUUAAAGACUUACCCUGUGUCCUGGGAUGUGAGACCUUCACCUCAGGCAAAAAUUUCCUUGGGAAGUUUGAAAUAACUGGAUCUCUGUGGGAUGUCGGGGUUUGUCUGGAAAAUGUGCCAAGAGACAAUGACAAGACACGGGUUCCUGAGACUGGAUUCUGGGCCAUCAGACACUGCGAAGAUGAUAACUAUGUAGCUCUUACGUCACCCCUAACACCUCUCAAUAUGCAGCAGCCCCUUUAUUGUAUAGGAGUUUUCCUGGACUAUGAGGCUGGACGUGUCUCCUUUUACGACUUGGGAACUUCCUCCCACAUCUUCACCUUCCCAAAGGCCUCUUUCCCUGAGCCUGUCAGGCCUUAUUUCUGUAUCAGUGGAGGUUCUUGUAUUUUCAUUCACUAA